AGUCGUAUCAUAUGUAAAAUUUUUAUUUUUGAAUUCAGUGACUUCGUAGGAAGUGGAAGCAGCAGUUAUUUGCAGUAAAAUGUUGAAAUUCGUGACAUUUAUAUUCAUAGCAAUUUUGUAUUCCCAGAUUGUGGCUGUUCCGGUCUCCAAAUGUGCCCCGACUUCAAGCUGUGGUAACAGUACCUCAACGGAACCCCUGUGCAUUUUGGAUGAGGAGAACGGCUGCAUACGUCAGUACCCCAGUAAAUGCCACUUGGACAUAGCUGGUUGUGUACAAGGAAAAAAUUUUACAGAUUUCAGCAGCGUGUAUUGUAUGAUGGAUACGUACCUGUGCGAGGGCCAAUACGAACGUUGGACCAUAUUUUUCGGACAUGAAUAAUAGCUACACGAUCCAUAGGUGUGUCAACGUAAUGCAAUUAGUUCGAAAGUUUAAUCUCUUUAAAGAUGUGAUUUUUAUUAAUUUUGUAUAGAUUGAGUUGAAAAAUAAUUAAAUUGUAUAAAAA